AUGCAAGCCACCUGGCUGCUUAUUUAUUUGAGCAUUGGAUUUUCUGCCGCAGAAACCGGAUUACAAGGUUGGCUGCGAUAUGCUUCGUUGCCUUGCUCCACUCAAUGUCAUUCCAUGCUGCCUAACACCAUUGUUGCUCUCAAUUCCACCAACACAAGCCCUGUAAAUGUUGCAGCGUCAGAGAUAAAGAGUGGACUGGAGAACAUUUACAGCGUCAACGCUUCGGUCAUUCACGACCAGUGCAACUCAUCCUCAUCGGCUGUCGUCGGGACCGUUGAACAAUAUCGCCAAGCUUGCGGUUCGCUGGCUGUGAUCCCUAAGUUAGCCGAAGAUGGAUUCUGGCUGAGCACUCGGGGAGGCAAGGUUCAAAUUCUCGGUCAAAAUGAGCGAGGUGCUCUCUAUGGUGCCUUUGAGUACCUGUCAAUGCUUGCUCAGGGAAACCUUUCCCAAGUGGCGUACGCCACCAACCCUGCCGCUCCACUUCGUUGGGUAAAUCAGUGGGACAACAUGGACGGAAGCAUCGAAAGAGGCUAUGGGGGUGAAUCAAUAUUCUUCAAAAAUGGGACCAUCCUCGACGACUUGAGUAGAGUCCAUCAAUAUGCUCGCCUAUUAGCAUCUGUCCGGAUCAAUGCAGUCGUGGUCAACAAUGUGAAUGCCAAUGCCACCCUUCUCACUCCCAAGAACAUUGAUGGACUGGGAAAGAUAGCGGACAUCUUCCGACCGUACGGUGUCAAUAUCGGAAUAUCACUGAAUUUUGCGGCGCCAGAAACCUUGGGUGGCCUUGACUCUUAUGACCCCCUCGAUGCAAAUGUCAUAGACUGGUGGUCUAACAUAACAAACCAAAUCUACGAGCGAGUGCCCGAUAUGGCGGGAUACCUUGUCAAAGCGGACUCUGAGGGAGAGCCCGGUCCACAGACAUAUAACAGAACAUUAGCAGAGGGUGCCAAUCUCUUCGCUAGAGCUAUACAGCCACACGGCGGCAUCGUCAUGUUCCGUGCAUUUGUCUACAAUCAACUCAACGAGUCCAACUGGAAAGCAGACCGUGCCAAAGCGGCAGUCAACUUUUUCAAGCCGCUUGAUGGCAAAUUUGAAGAUAAUGUCGUUGUUCAGAUCAAGUAUGGGCCCAUUGACUUCCAAGUCCGUGAGCCGACAUCGCCUUUAUUCGCCAAUCUUUUGAAGACAAAUAUCGCUAUUGAGUUGGAAGUCACGCAAGAAUACCUUGGACAGCAGUCUCAUGUUGUCUACCUCCCACCUCUCUGGAAGACGGUAUUGGACUUUGAUCUUCGUGUCGACCACAAGCCGUCUCUGGUUCGCGACGUUGUGACUGGCAAGCGUUUCAAUCGUACUCUCGGUGGAUCAGCAGCCGUUGUCAAUGUCGGCACAAAUACCACUUGGCUUGGUAGUCAUAUGUCCAUGUCAAAUUUCUACGCCUACGGCCGUCUAGCAUGGGAUCCUUCUGCAGAUGCGCGGGAUAUCUUGCAAGAUUGGAUUCGGCUAACGUUUGGUCUGGACCGUUCAGUUCUCAGUACCAUCACUAAUAUAUCCAUGGAAUCCUGGUCAGCCUACGAGAGCUAUAGCGGAAAUCUUGGUAUCCAAACUUUGACGGACAUCUUGUAUACUCACUAUGGGCCCAACCCUGCCUCUCAAGAUAACAACGGUUGGGGCCAAUGGACUCGUGCAGGUCCCACGAGCAUUGGCAUGGACCGUACAAUGUACAAUGGAACAGGCUAUGUGGGCCAGUAUCCAGAUGAGAUUGCAGCCACGUACGAGAAAAUCGAGAGCACACCCGAUGAUCUCCUACUAUGGUUUCACCACGUUAACUAUACCCACCGACUUCAUUCCGGGAAAACGGUGAUUCAGCAUUUCUAUAACGCCCACUAUAGUGGUGCGGAAUCAGCUCAACACUUUCUUGACCAAUGGGAGUCUCUUGAUGGAAAAAUAGAUGAUGAGCGAUACUUCCAUAUCCGUCAUCGUCUUGAUUAUCAAACCGGGCACUCUAUUGUAUGGAGAGAUGCGAUCAACAAUUUCUACCACAACCUCUCCGGAAUACCAGAUACCGCUGGACGUGUCGGUCACCACCCGUGGCGGAUUGAAGCUGAAGAUAUGACUCUGGACGGCUACGAGCCUUACUUGGUCAGCCCAUUUGAAACCGCCUCCGGCUCAAUGGCCAUUGUUACGCUCUCAAAUACUACGGCGGGUACAGCGACGACUAUGCUUGGCUUUCCCUCGGGUACAUAUGACCUUGCUAUCAACUACUAUGAUCUAUCUGGAGGCCAGUCUAAAUGGCAAGUCUACCUUAAUGAUAGGCAAGUUGGUCAAUGGGUUGGUGACGCCGAGGAUCAUCUAAGCCAUACACCUUCCAUUUAUUUGGAUGGGCAUUCUGCCACACGCACCAAAUUUCGGGGAGUCAAGAUCAAAAAAGGAGAUACUUUGAAAAUUGUGGGCACGCCUGAUGGAGAUGAACCGGCGCCAGUGGACUAUAUUUCGAUCCUUCCGGAGGGGGUUGUGGACUAA